GCUCUUGCAUUUGUCGCUCACAUCAACAUUAUGGCAGAAGCAGUCUCUACUCUCGCUCCCGGCGACUCUAGCCCGUCACAAAUCAUUCGAACACCACGUAUAGAAAUCGAGUACUGCCCUGGAUGCCGGUGGAUGUUGAGAGCUGCGUGGAUGGCCCAAGAACUUUUAACAACCUUUACAGAGGCCGUGGGCGAAGUGGCUCUUAUACCUGGCAAUAACGCUAUAUAUCAAAUCCGCAUUGUGGUUAAUGAUCAAGUGCACUUGGUCUGGGACCGCAAGACGAAUGGAGGAUUUCCAGAAAUAAAGGAUCUAAAGCAGAAAGUGAGGGAUCUGAUUGCCCCAGACAUGUCGCUGGGCCAUUCAGAUGCCAAAUCAUCAAAAUAAUGGAAAAUAUCGACCGCGCUCCACGACUGCAUGCCGAUAUUGAUCAGCACCUCCGGCAUGCAGUGAACCUAAUAAACUUUGAAUGGUAAUUCCUAGUAGAUGAACAUGGCAGGAUGGGCCGUAUGAACGAGUUAUAGAUGACAUUCGGUUAGGAUGCCGGCUUUAGAAAGUUGUGCUGGCCGAUGAUUCUUUCUUGUCCAUCCUCAUGUUCUAAUAGGGGAAACCCACUUAUCUCUCCAUGA